AUGACCUCGACGCCCGCCUGCAACGGCGCAGCAAUGGGCAAGCGGGUGGCCGGCUCCGGCCGCGCCGCUUCUUCCAGCGGCGAUGCAGCUCGACGUCGAGAGCGCGCACUGCGCCGCUGGAACCUGCUGCGCACCCACGUGCGCGUCACCCGCCGGUUAUCGCAGGAGCUUCUGCUCAAGCACGCGCGACGGUUCUCGUCGGCGCAGCAGACGCUCGUGGACGCGUGCGUCGGCUGCAUCUCGGCGCCGGCGUCCAAGGACUGCCCGCUGGACACGCUGCUGGCGGUGCGGGAGCAGUUUCUGUCGCUGCUGGACGCCGAGCACUGCGUGCUGAGCUUUGAGAUUCUACCGGCGGCCACCACCGCGGGGUCCUGUUCGGUCAUUGAGUUCGACGGUCGACGCGUCCGACAGGUCGUGGAGAAAACGGCGAGGACGUCGGGCUCGACAGCUGCAAGACGACAGGCAAGGGGAACAGCCCACCAUCCGACGUUCUACUCCAGCGCUAGUGCGUGUGUCAACGCACAGGUUGAAGCCCCUACCGGAUGCAAACUCUUACAGUCGUAUCUGUGCUUGCCGCUGGUGGACUGCGGCGACCGCGUGCGAGCAGUUGUCGAAGUAUUUAACUCACGCCACGACGUAAGAGACGUCGCCGCUUGGCUCGGAGACUGCGAGUCGGACAGUUCGUUGGCGUUCAGGUCGUUCAAGUCGACGAGUGAACCGCUGCGAGCGUUUAGCGGCUUCGUUGGAGCGUUGUUGCGAGCUGCAGCGCCCAUUGAAGCGUUCGUGGACAACCUGAAUGGCAGUAGUGACCGCACUGUGGAACCCAUUUCGAGUAUAUUUCGUCGCACGUUCGACGGAGCUAGUGGGCAGGAGGAGGUUCCGUUGCUGCUGCUUGACUUCCUGCAACGAGCGCUGGGCGUCGAAGGGUGGACCGUGUACGCGUACGACCGCAAGGCAGACACGCUGUGGGCUCGGCUAGCUAGUGAUCGGUCCAGGACGAAAGUGUCGACGGUACUGAUGGGUCAUGGCGUCAUCGGCCGCGCUGCGUCAACAGCUGAGCCUCUGUUCGAUGGCGACGUGCUGUGUGUACCGAUGUUUGAUCAGUGCAAGGACCACCGAGUCAACAGCGUUGUGGUGUUUUAUGGAACGCAAAAGGUCAAGCGUAAAGCCCGCGGGGCCUUCCGCCAGAGCGACGUGGAGCUGUGCACUGUAGUGUGUCGUCACGUGGGGAGUUCCCUGCAGCGUUUGGCUCUCGAAGAUGCUGCGAACAAGGCGCAAAACAAGGCCCAAGCGCUGCUGGAGCUAUCAGACCUGCUGUUCCGUGAGCUUGAGCACUCCCCCAAGCCGACGGCAUUGCUGCUCAAGACCGCGCGGACAAUUGUUCAGAAGUUGUGGUUUCGUAUCGCAGAGUGCAACGUGUAUCUGAGGGAUCCACUGACGCGUGAGCUGUACUCCCCGGGUAACGCAACACAGGGCGAAUACCGAGUCCCGCUGCCGUCGGGCAGUUCAAGUGUGGCUGCAGCAGCGCGUAGCGGCAAUGUGGUUAAUUUACGGGGUGUCAGUGCAGCGUCGCUGUCUCGUGAGAAGCACUCGAAGCCGAUUCUCGCUGUCCCUGUGAAGGAUCCUUCAUCAGGUGUGGUGCUGGCUGUAUUGGAGCUCAUGGACAAGUACUCGGGCUCCCCGAAAGACACCCAACCUACUGCUGCUAUGGACAAAAUGUACUUCGAUCGACAUGAUGAGGAUCUCGCCAAAGGAAUCGCUCGCCAGGUCGCGUCUGCGUUGCGAAACACCCAGCGACUUGAUGCAGCUCGCACGGCCCAGCGGAAGAGCGCCGCUCUGCUCUCAUUGCGUCUUCCUGCUGCUACAGGGACGAUGCCCGGUGAGCAAGCUGGAGCUGUGUUCUCUUUCGUUGAGGCUGCAGCAUGUAAGGCUCUGCGAGCGUCCCACGGCGCUCUGUUCCUCGUGGAUGCACCGAGUCGUUCGUUGUACGCGCGCGUGGGCGCUAACUGGCGAGGGUAUGGCCUUCCCAUCGGCCAGAAGCUGCAAGGUCGCGUUGCUGCCACUGGAGCUGCCGUGCGUCUGGUUCGUGAGGCGCGUAUUCAUCCUGAGUUCGAUAGUGAAUAUGACCGUCUGAUGAACAUGCAGACGUCGAGUCUGCUGUGCGUCCCGAUCAAAGCUCAGCCCUCGCUGUCAGCAUCGUCCUCUACCGCUCCGUUUGCGUCUUCAGGAGCUUCUGGGAGAUCGGGACGUCGGUGUAGUAGCAGCUUCAGUACGAGCAGCAGUACGGACGAUGAUAUCGACGAUCGACCUGUUAUCGGAGUGUUUUACGCCGUCAACAAGGUCAACGCGCACGGCGAGACGGAGGGCUUCGACGCUGAAGACGAACAAGUAUUACGCGCCAUUUGUGUUGAGCUCGCUGCUCUGGUUGAACGCCGCGCGUGGGAGCUCGUGUUUGAGACUCCGUCCUACGAAGACAGCGACAGCAGCGACAGCGAAACCGAGGGCCACGUGACGAGGACGUUCCUAUCGCAGUACACCAACUCGUCUCCAAUCCGUCGUCGUCGCCGCCCUCGAUCACGUCUUCCCUCAGUCGUAAGCGACCUGGACCAUGUUGCAGCAGUUGUCUCUGCUACUUCAUACCACGAAGGGUGUUUCUUGGGCAGCAGUGGCGGGUCUGGGAUCAUGACCUCUCUUCCUGGCAGCAUUGGACUCGCUACUGGCCAGGGGACGCAGAGUCCCGUGCUGCAAUGGGAUCUCGAUCCGUGGCAGUUCUCUCCGGCGCAGCUCGUUGAUCUCGCAGUGGAUAUGUUCGAGCUGCACGACCUCAUGGACGGGUUCGCUCUCCCCGAGGCCACGCUGCGGCGCUUCCUGCACAGUGUGCAGGCCCAAUACCUCGAUGUGCCGUAUCACAACACGUACCAUGCGUUCGCCACGCUGCACAUGACGUUCCUCAUGCUCACGGCGCAGAGUAAGAAGCUGGCGCCGUCGCUGAUCCCCGCGUCGACGGCGCUCGGAGUGGGGCCGACUACGAAAGCUCAAGCGAUUGAACGGACCAGGCAGAAACGAUGUGGCGAGCUGAUCCUCGCUCCACGCGAGCGACUCGCAGUGUUCGUAGCAGCUUUCUGCCACGACAUGGGCCACGACGCUCGCACCAACGACUUCCACGUCCGGUCCAGCUCGCGUCUUGCUCGGCGGUAUAACGAUCACUCGGUACUGGAGAACAUGCACGCUGCGGCUUGUUUCGAGACGAUGCGAAAGCCCGGCAACGAUGUACUGGCAGGGCUAGAGGACGGCUCGAGCGAUACUGCGGGCAGUCGGCGAGCCGUCCGCAAGCGCAUUAUCCGAGCGAUCUUGGCCACUGACAUGCACCGGCACGCGAGUAUCGUCGCCAAGCUCCAUGAAGCGCAGGUCCGAGGCAGUCGUACUGAUGAUGAAUGUCUGCGUGAGUUGCUGGCGGACGCGGUGGUGCACUCCGCGGACAUCUCGGGACCGACUCAAACCUGCGAGCAACACUUUCGCUGGACUACGAGGCUUCUUGAGGAGUUCAACGAGCAGCACGCGGAGGAGGUGGAGCUAGGCAUGACAGCCACAACUUUCAUGGCUGAUCAACCUGACUCGGCCGAGUUCGCGCGCGUGAACUUGGCGUUUGUAGACUCGUGCGCUUUCCCCCUGUGGCGUGCAAUGAGUGGCAUGUUGGCGGGGCUGGAAGGCUGUCUAGCCAAUGUGGAGCGGAACCGGGACAUGUGGGCGACGCGGCUCGAAGACGCGACGAAGCUAGAAGCCGAAAUGCGAGCCGUGAAGCAGAAGAAGACGAUGCCAACUGCCACCCGCGCAGAUUCCCCCAGCCCCGAGAAGUUGACGAUCAAGAAGAAGAUGAUCAACUCUCAGCAGUCUACGGAUGAGAAGUUAGUCACCCCCACGAAAUCAGCCAAGAAGACUGCCACCUCCAUGCAGCCCACGGAUUUCCCCCGACACCAGACAAUACCCGAAGUGGAGGAAUCGGCCAAGAAGGUGUACUCGGCGUUUACCACGCCCACGAAAGCGGUGAACCCGAAGAGAACGAAUAGUCCCCAGAAGAAGACACAAGACGCCACACAGCCCAUGGACAUCCCUCGCCAACCGGCAAAGAGAAAGCUUCAACUGCAUUAG